AUGUCUGACAUCAUCAAAAGGGAAUUUGCUGAGCUUGCCGUUGAUGGCAGCAAUUACUUGACUUGGGCUUUAGAUGUUGAAAUCUACCUGAAUUCUUGUGAUUUAAGCAACACUAUUGAUCCAGCUUCUCAGAGCACCUCUGCCCAGAAGGCAAAGGCAUUGAUUUUUCUUUGUCAUCAUCUCAACAAAGACCUGAAAAAUGAGUACCUUACUGAAAAAGAUCCUGAUGUUCUAUGGCAAUCCCUGAAGGAUCGCUUUGACCAACAGACGGCUAUUAUGCUUCCGCAAGCACAGUAUGAUUGGUUAAACUUGCGAUUUCAGGAUUUUAAAUCCGUAACUGAAUACAAUUCAACCCUCCACCGCAUUGUCUCACAGCUGAAGCUCUUUGCAGAGAAACACAACCAACUUCUGAUGCGCAACCAUAAUGCUAGACCAGUUGGUUCGCUAGCUGUGCCUGAAGCACAUGCCACAAAUCAGAGUAAUACUCAUAGGCGUGGACGUGGUAGAGGUCGUGGACAUGGUCGCGGGUCUUAUCGUGGUGGUAGGGGUCGUGGUCGUCGCAAUGCUAAUAGUCUUCAAGACCGUAACAAGGGUCAGAACAAGGAUAAACCUCAUUCACACAAGCCUAGCUCUCAUCAACAGGUUACAAAUAACAAACAAGCUUGUUAUCGGUGUGGAUGUGAGGACCACUGGUCUCGCACAUGUCGUACACCGAAACAUUUGGUUGAGGCAUAUCAGAGAAUGCUGAAGGACUCAAAGGGGAAGUCAAAACAUGGUGAAACACAUCAUGCCAGUUUGCCUGAAGCAAACAUGACCCUGAAAGAUGACAAUUAUGAUGAUAUGGACGAUGAUGACUUAUUGAACAUGGAGCUUGAUGAUUUUGGUGACCAGGAGUGA